AUGGACAAAGGUCCUUCCCUGGUGCAGGUGGCUGCAACCGCCAAGUUUCCCGAAGCUGGAGAGCCGCCUGUGCUUCACCACAAAAGCACCAACCUGAUCAUCGAGUCACACACGCAGCACGCGCAAGCAGGCGUGGCUGCAAAACCCAAAUCCGAUGGCUCCAUCACCUUCGGGAUGGGCAAUAGCAACGAUGUCCAUGCCACGCGGCUCAUCACCCAGUUCGGCGGUCGGGAGACGGACACCAGCUCUUGCUUGGCCUUCGCCCCGAAGAGCCGCCAGGGCGAUGGUGUGAGCAAAACCGACUGGCAGGUUGGCAAUAAGGACGACUUCCUCAAGCUCGAGCCUUGGGCUGUGCCAUGUGACAAUGCCUGGAUGAAAGACAACUGGAACAAAUGGCAAGGCUAUACGUUCUACAGCGGAACCAAGCCCAUCGAGAAGUGCGUGACUGUGACCUUCAGUCUGGGACUGCAGCCAGUCGUGGCCUUCGUUGGGGGCUUGCAGUUCGAUGUCCUGCCGCAGCCCCUCUUCCAGCUGGCCACGACGGUCUGCUGGCCGAACCAGCAGCCGGGGGGUGUGGACCUGAGCGUGCUGCGAUCCGAAGUGAAGUCUGCCGGCAUCCUUCUCUUCAGCCGCACCUUGCGCCUGAGCAAGCGUUUCGGUGGCGGCACGGAUUUCCUUCCCGGGAACGUCCGCGGUGGCUACUCGACCUGGCGGAGCAGUGCAGGCAUAGCCCAAGGGGAGAGCAUAGUGCCGGUCGAAGCGAUGAGCCGCACGUCGCUCUUGCAGACGGGCGGCAACCAAAGUGUCAAGGAAGCGGAGGCGGAGGCGGAGGCGGAAAGGGAGGAGGCCGAGGUUCUCGAGUGGAGGACGGACUCGGAGGACCUGUACCUGGCAUCCGUUGACUACGGCGAGAACUUGAACACGUCUGUCAACAAGACCUUCGAGGCCUAUGGCGAAGAGGCGGCCAGGCACAUGAACACAGCCGGAAAAGAGGGGGAGCGGGUCUUCGAGAUUUUCACCUUCAAUCACCCAGGGCUGACGAACUUCAGGGUACAAGGCCUCAUGAAUGGCAACUGGCUAGAGAUGGGUGUGGAGAUGGGCUUCGGCCCUUACAAGAGUCCUGCGCGGAGGAUACCUUUGGUCAACCUCGGCGACCAGUUCUCCACAAUUCUCGCGGGCCUACCCUUCGUGUCGAAGCGCAGUAAAACCAAGGCCAUCGCCGCUCUCCGGGACUUCACCAUCCAGGACGUGGGCAGGGUACGGGGAAUGCCCCUGAGGCCAGGCUCGGUCAUUGCCAUUUACAGCCCUCACUGCCGGCGCUUCCUCCAAGUGACCGGACAUGGCCUGGGGGUCGGACCAGAGAUGAAUGGCAACGGGAUGCCGGACUCAUGGACCUGGGAACGCUUCACUGUGAUAGAUGCCGGGCGCGGGCAGAUUGCGCUCCACAAUGCUCAGCACAACCGCUUCCUGGGCACAGGCCACGCCAGUUCGCCUCGGAAUGCGAAUGAUCUUCCUCAUGACUGGACUUCGGAGCGCUUCACGGUGAUCGAGGUCGGGAAUGGCGAGGUGGCCUUCUACAACCCGCACAGCCAGCGCUUCCUGAACAUGGCGGCCACUGGGGUGGGAAGCAACCGUCCGCCAAACCCUCCAAAGCUACCAUCGAACUGGGGCUGGGAACGCUUCCGCAUCGUGCCAGCAGAGCGGAUCUUGGUGCCAGGUACCUCGAUAGCCUUGCACAACGGGCUCUUCAACCGUUUCGUGAUGAUGACGGGAGAACACUUGGAGCGAAGUCAUGAACUCGGCUCGGCAGAACUGCCCGACUGGUGGACGCAGGAGCGCUUCACCGUGGUUGAUGCGGGAGGCGGGCAGAUAGCCUUGCACAACACCUUACACAAUCGCUUCGUAUCGAUGGGUAAGGCAAGUGGUCACAGGUUGGUGGAUCAACUUCCUGGCAACUGGGGCUGGGAGAAGUUCGACGUGUGGCCGGCUGGGAACGGUGAGAUCGUCCUUCACAAUCGGGCCCAAAACAGGGUGCUGCGCAUGUCAGAUCACACCGUUGAUGUGAGCCAAGACGUGGAUCCAAAGCACUUGCCCGACAGCUGGACUUGGGAGCGCUUUCGGGUGGUGCAGAUGAAGCCGUAUCUUCAGCCGGGCACCACGGUGGCCCUCCGUUGUGCAAUUCACGGCCGCUACCUUCGGAUGCGCCCAGGGGCUCCCAGCACUUUCCUGCUGGCCAGGGAGAACCACACCGCCAGCGACGGAGGCGGAGGAUGGCCUCCCGGAGGAUGGAGCAUCGGCACGAUGCCGAAGAUCAGCAUCCCUCUUCCCAGUAUCAUCCGGCGGAAGAUUGAAGAGGACCGUGAGGAGGCAGAGCGGAGACACAGGGAGGAACUUCAGCGGCAAGCUGCGGAGCGAGCUGAGCAGGAACGGCUGGCUCGCGAGGCGGCUGAACGAGAACGAGCACUCCGAGGCACCAUCGACCGCAGCGACCCCAUGGGUGACAAGGGUAUCCCAGAUGACUGGACUUGGGAGCGAUUCACCGUGGUGGAUGCGGGCAAUGGGCAGGUUGCCUUCCACAACAGCCUCCACAACAGAUUUCUGAAGAUGACCCCCGACCGAAUGCAAGCUAGUGCGCCAAUGCCUCCCGAUGCUCUUCCUGCUUCAUGGACCUGGGAACGCUUCACGGUGUUGCCGGCGGGGCACGGCCAGUUUAUGCUUCACAACUCCGUGCACAACCGCGUCUUUCAGAUGACGAAUGACAAGGUGACGGCCAGUCCGCACAUGAACCCGCAGGACAUGCCGGGUGCCUGGACCUGGGAACGUUUCCAACUUGUACCCGCAAGGCCCUACCUGCAGCCUGGCUCAAUGGUCGCCUUGCAUUGUGGUGUGCACAACCGCUUCCUCACGAUGAAGGGGGAGUCCCUCGAACGCAGCGCGGAGAGGGGCCUCAAUGACCUGCCUGCCAACUGGAUCCUGGAGCGCUUCACCGUGGUCGAUGCCGGGAAUGGCCAGAUCGCGUUGCACAACGCUCACCUGAACCGGUAUGUGCAGAUGAGGGGUCCUACGAUGGGGGCCAGCCCUCCUAUGCCUCCGACUCCUUAUCCGAGCGGGUGGUUAUGGGAACGCUUCACUGUGGUGCCUGCAGGAUUCGGCGAGUUUGCCUUGCACAGCACGGAACACAACCGCAUGAUUCGUAUGACGUCUCAUGCCGUAGACAGCAGCUCCCACAUGGCACCACAGGACCUACCAGCCAACUGGAACCAGGAGCGCUUCCGCAUCGUGUUGGUCUCUGAGGCCAGCGAGACUGCCCAGGACGUCCAUGCGACGUUUGACUGA